CUCUAUAUGUAUAUAUAUGUAUACAAUAACAGAAGAAGAGAAAAAGAAAACCAAAUUUCUUUCUGAACACUGAGCCUUUAAUUGGCAUAGUAUAAGCCAAUUCAUUUCGCCAUUUCCCCUUCCUUCUUUUUUCUCUGAUAUUUUCAGCUUUUUUUUUUUUGUUGAUUCCUUUCAAAGACUGAGAUUCUGGUUCUGUAUCACAAGGCAGUCACACAGUUUUUCAAGUGAUGCCACCGCGAGGGGAAGAAGACUCUGGAGAUAAGAUCUAGUGGAGAAGAAGAAAGACCAGAGAAAGACGACCAAAGUUUGAGAAAACAUGUCUUGUAAUCACGCCAUGGCUUUCUUCCCUGCAAAUUUCAUGUUCCAAAACCCUCACGAAAGCGAUCACCAGCCACAACCUCCUCUCGUCCCUCUGCUCCCUUCUUGUAGUAUCCCUCAAGACUUCCAUGGAGGAGUUGCGUCGAUUCUGGGAAAAAGAUCAAAGAUGAACACAUAUUCAGAGAGCACGAGCAACUUCGGGGGCUGUUGCGAUGUAGAGACAGGAAACAUGAACGGAGAAGAAGAGAUGCUGUCGGAUGAUGGGUCGCAGAUAGGAGAGAAGAAGAGGAGACUGAGCGUGGAGCAAGUGAAAACACUCGAGAAUAGCUUCGAGCUUGCGAACAAACUCGAACCUGAACGAAAGCUGGAGCUUGCUAAGGCAUUGCAUCUCCAGCCCAGACAGGUCGCCAUUUGGUUCCAGAACAGAAGGGCUCGCUGGAAAACCAAACAGCUCGAGAGAGAUUACGACUUGCUCAAACGACAGGUUGAGAUCCUCAAUGCUGAGAACGAUUUUCUCAGAACCCAGAACCAAGAACUGCACGCCCAGAUAGUGGCACUCAAAAGCAGAGAAUCGACAGAAUCAAUCAACUUGAACAAAGAAACUGAAGGCUCUUGCAGUAACAGAAGCGACAACAGUUCCAACAACAUAAGACUGGACAUAUCGGCGGCUCCGCCGGAGAUCGACAGCCCGCCGGAUGCUCCUCCACCGCCGGUAACCGGAAGACACUUCUUCCCUCCGUCCCCGGCCGCCGCUACAGCCACAGUCUCCGUCGUGACCAACACCACGACCAUGGAGUUCUUCCAGGGCUCGUCCUCAGGACAAAGCAUGGUCAAAGACGAGACCAGCAUCGGCAACAUGUUCUGCAACAUCGACGACCACUCUGGGUAUUGGCCAUGGAUUGACCAGUCACAGUUCAGCUGAACCAUGCGGACUUUUAUCUUUUUUCUCAUGCAAUCUUUCAAAACUUGAAAUAUUUUAUUACGUUAAUUUGCAUUUUUUUGUUUAAUGGUUAAUAUCCAAAUACCACCGAGCUGUCGCGAUGAGAUGUAAAAAAAAGAAGAAGAAGGUGUUAGCCGUUUUAUAUUAUAAUCAUCAUCGUCAUAUUAUAA